GGAUAUAGGCUUUUACCAGCUUAACGAAACUGCUUGCAUGGAUACGCACACUAACACAGGGCUUCUACUAUACAGCUGGUCCGGUCAGCCCUCUUUUCUCCCCUACAAGUGUACGCACGGAAUAAAAGCUUGCAGCCUCUGGGAGGCCCGGCAGUGUUCGUUACAUUAAAGCGCGCUGAUGGUACACGCCUGCCGCGGGGAGUAAGUACAUCCAUCAGCCCGCGCCUCUGUGACAAAGAGCAGCGAGACGCCCCGGCCGUGCUGACGAAGCAGCGCCCCGCUGCUUCCCUCGCCGCUGCAUGGGCAGCCAGCACAAUGCCAGGGGAUUUGGGGUGCCUCUGUCUUCACAACAGGUCGCAUGGCUAAUCCUCUCAUCCCCGGCGAGAGGCGUUUCCUCCGCGUUAUCGGAACGAUUAGACGGGAGGCCAUCGGCUCGCCGGAUACGAUGAAGCAGGGGAAAGCGAGCUGGAACCGGGUUUGUGGUCCCGAGAGCGCAUCUUGAGGAGGGGCGGCAGAGCAGCGUGGAGCAGGUGGACCGGUGCGGUUCUCUCAGGAUGGAAAUUGAUGCCCGCUUCCGCUAUUAUUUCCAGCACCCGUGGUCCCGCCUCAUUGUGGCCUACCUGGUGACCUUCUUCAACUUCCUCAUCUUCGCGGAGGACCCCGUCUCCCACAGCCAGACGGAGGCGCAUAUGAUCGUGGUGGGGAACUGUUUCUCCUUCAUUGUGAAUAAGUACCCGGGUGGAGGAUGGAACUUCCUGAAAGUGCUGCUGUGGCUGCUGGCCAUCGUCACCGGCCUGUUCGCCGGGAAGUUCGUCUUUCACCAGCGCCUCUUUGGUCGAUACCUGCGCCUGAAGAUGUUCCGAGAGGACCAUGGUUCCUGGAUGACCAUGUUUUUCAGCACCAUCCUCUUCCUCUUCAUCUUCUCCCACAUUUACAAUCUGUUCCUCCUGAUGGCGGGAAACAUGGGUCCGCACAUAGUGACCGAGUACAUGGGCAUCAGGAACGAGAGUUUCAUGAAAAUUGCAGCAGUGGGAACGUGGAUGGGGGAUUUCGUGACAGCGUGGAUGGUGACUGAUAUGAUGCUUCAGGAUCAACACUAUCCAGACUGGGGAAAAGCAGCAAGACGGUUCUGGAAACAGGGGAACAAUAGAAUUGUCCUGUUCUGGACUGUGCUCAUCUCUCUGACAUCUGUAGUGGUUCUUGUCAUCAGCACUGACUGGAUCAGCUGGGACAAUCUGAAUCGGGGAUUUCUGCCAAGCGAUGAGGUCUCCAGGGCUUUCCUGGCCUCUUUCAUCUUGGUCUUUGACCUCCUCAUUGUUAUGCAGGACUGGGAGUUUCCGCACUUCAUGGGAGACCUAGACAUGAAUCUUCCAGGCAUGUCCACCACCCAGGUAAAGGUCAAGCUGCCUGUUUGCAAGAGCAUCUUCAAGGAGGAGUAUCACAUUCACAUUACAGGUAAAUGGUUCAACUAUGGGAUCAUCUUCCUGGUUCUGAUUCUGGAUCUGAACAUGUGGAAGAAUCAGAUCUUCUACAAGCCCUAUGAGUAUGGCCAGUACGUGGGUCCCGGUGAGAAAAUCUACACGGUUGAGGAGCCCGACACCCUCAUUGACUUCAACAGGAGCACCCUGACCUGGGAGUGGCGCUCCACCAACAUUGACCCGGACACCAACCGCACCUACGUCUACCGGGACAUGUUCCUGCACAGCCGCUAUGUAGGGGCCAGCCUGGACGUGAAGUGCCUGGCCUUCAUCCCCAGCCUGGCCGCCUUCGUCCUCUUCGGCUUCUUCAUCUGGCUGCUGGGCCGCUUCCAGGAGAGCGAGCAGGGCCCCGAGAACCAGGACGGCACGUACGAGAGGAUCAAGAGGAAGUCUCCGUCCGAGUACAGCAAGGACAUGGGCGCCACGCCCGAGGAGGUCCACAUCUCCAUGAGCGAGACCCUGAGGCGGGCCAACCCCAUGCUGCUGUCGGUGGACGCGCCCCACUUCGGCUCCUCCCACACCUCCAUCUCGCCCUGCUCCACGGAAACGCUCGAGACUCACCCCAGUAUAGUCAUCGACAGCGUGGCGCCCGAGGAGCCCGCCGUCUCUUCAGAUGUUGAUAAACCUUCACCCCCAGACUGAACAGGCUGCAGUCACACUGGAAAACUUGUCAAAGGCGAUUCAUUUUUAAACCGUGCUCGCUAGUUUUGCUAAUCCUUCUACCUACAAUCCCGGCUGGAAUUUCUCUACAAUGAUGACUUCUUUUGAUGGAACUGUGAAUCCAGCUGAAGGAUGGAACUGAAAAAGACCCAGUACUUGGUCCCCAAGUAUCCCUGGUGUUCUUUUUUUAACAGUUUUGUAAUAAAAUUUUUUAA